AUGUCUUCAGGCGCCGCGGGUGACCACACCCCAGAUCGCGGGCCAGUCGUCUUCGCCGUGACCCUGUCGACACUCGUCUUGGCCAGCGUCUUUGUCGCAGCCCGCAUCUUUUGCCGGUAUGUCAUUGUCAAGAACGUCAGCUGGGAUGACAAGAUUAUGCUCCUCGCGCUCGUCUUGACCUUUGGCUUGUCUUUCACUAUAUGUUUCGGCACAACCAAGGGACUCGGCCGGUACGACGAUGAUAUCAGCAUGGACGAUGAGGGCGCCCUGCGCCGAUGCGAAUAUGUCUUUUCCAUCUUGUACAACCCUGCCUUGAUGGGCCACAAAAACGAGCAUCCUCAUAUUCUACCUGCGGCUGUCGAAGAACACCCAAAAGUCGAGGUCAAUGUCGGCAUGACGUGCGCCUGUAUCCCCACUUUGAAGCCCCUCAUCAUCAAGAUUCUUCCCGCCAUGAUCAUCGAUCCCAACGGCACGCGGCACAGCGACAGCAAUAAGGAGGACUCUCUCAACAGCCCCGUCCGGGAUCGCCACGGCAGCGAUGGGAUCGUCCCUCCGGAAGCAUCCCCUCACGCCAACCCGGCCGGAGCUCCGAGUGCAGAGAACUCAGGCGCUGCCGGCAUGACCGCUCUAGAUUUCCUGACGGUGCCGUCCGGCAUGAACGCAACGGGCGACGACGCUGACGGCGAUGACCCGCUGCAAAGAGUCCGCACCGCCCGGACUGUGUCCACUAUGGGUACACAGCAAGAGAAUAUGCUGUACUUUGGCUUCGUUAACAUGAAGAGGCCGAAGAGCAUGAUCAAGUGCAACGCGACCGAUUCUUUCCGCUACUGCCUCAUGGUCACCGUACUUUUCCUUCUCUGGGGCAUCUCGUACGGACUGCUCAACACGCUUAACAACGUCGUCUCAGCCGUCUCGGGUAUGUCCGUCGCCGAAACGCUCGGUCUCACCAGCGCCUACUUUGGAGGUGGUUACUUCUUUGGCCCUUUGAUCGUGGGUGAGUGGAUUUUGCGACGCGAUGAACACCACAGGGUUCACAGGAAGAAGAACAACAGCUCCGCUGAGAGCGUGGGCGGAUUCAAGGCCACUUUUAUGGUCGGUCUCUGCUUUUACGGCGUCGGGACCAUCAUUUUUUGGCCGUCGGCCGUCAUGAAGUCUUGGGGCGGCUUCCUGCUCAGCAACUUUGUUGUGGGGUUCGGCCUGUCCAUCCUGGAGACGGGUGCCAACGCAUUCUUGAUCCUGUGCGGACCGGCGCAAUACGGCGAGACACGGCUCUGUCUCGCGCAGGGCAUCCAGGCCGUCGGCAGCGUCCUCAGCGGACUGCUGGCGCAGAAGGUCUUCUUCACGGACAUUGACCAAGACGGCUACACCAGCUCGCUGACGCUGCUCAAUGUGCAGUGGACAUAUCUAGCCAUAACGCUCCUCUGCGUCGCGCUCGCACUCUUCUUUUACUACAUGCCGCUCCCUGAGGUGGGCGACGCCGAGCUGCAGGAAGCUGCCGAUCGCCUCCCGGUGAACACGCAACGACGAACGAGCUUCUUCGGCUGGCAAUUGCGCACCGUGUCGCUCGUCCUCGCCGUCAUGGCGCAGUACACGUACAUUGCGUGCCAGGAGUCCAACUCAAUCUUCUUCCGAUCUCUCCUCAUCUCGCUGCUGCCGAAGCAAGAAGAAUCGGGAGCCGGUGCGGCCAAUGCCGACACGAACCCAGGCGAGGACUCGAACCGGCCGCCGGGACUCCAUCUCGGCAUCCCGGACUACGGGCUCGUCGCGCACACGGCGUUUGCCGUCUCGCGCUUCCUCGCAGCGUGGCUGACGUACAUGGCGGUCAAGCACACUCGGUUUCCCAAGCCUCGAACACUGCUCGGUAUCUCGGUCGCGGGCUCAUUUGUCAUGGCUCUGUUGACGGUGGUGCUCCGACCGCGGAAUCCGAACCAUCUCAUGAUCCCGGUGAUCCUGUUCUACUUCUUCGAGGGCCCGUGCUGGCCGCUGAUCUUCGCCAUUGGGCUGCGAGGCCAGGGCCGACGCACGAAGCGGGCAGCUGCCUUUAUCACGAUGGGUGGAUCGGGGGCUGCCUUCUUCCCGUUUGUGCUGUGGGCGAUUGUGGAGCACGGCGGACGGGUGCAGCUGGCGUUUGUGGUGAUUGUGGCACUCUGCGUGUUGACGUUUGCGUACCCGCUGUUCCUCGAGUGCGUGCACGACGCGAGGAUCAUGACGGACCCGAGGAACACGGUCGUGCUGAGCGGCGGCAGCCGCGUGGCAUCGCGGACGGGACACCGACGGGACGGCAGCGGUUUUUUCCACGAGCACGGUGCAGCGGCGAACGGGCACGACGCGGACGAGGAGCACGCGGAUGCGCACGGACACGGCGGACGAGGGCUCGGCAUCAAGGAGAAGGGCGUCCGCUUCGCAGACAUGCUGGGGGUGCACCUGGGCGGCAAGAAGCGCGAGGGCAGCCAGAACUCAGGCGCGCCGCACGUGGAGCAAUACGAGGGCGAAGGCGAGGGCGGAAUCCAGCCUAGUCGUCAGCAGCAAGACGAGCAGCCGCAGCCGCAGCCGCCUUGGUCGCAGACAGAACCUCCUGUAUGA